CAAUAUAUAUAUGUCCCAGGACUCAUCUAUUAACUCACGCAUACACAUACAACUGAUCUUUACUCUCCGGAGAUUCUGGUGAUUAGUGAUGGCUUUAGCAAUUAAGAAGACACUAGCUUUCUUUAUGAUGAUUUUUGCUUUUCAAGUCUCUUUUGCAACUGUCUACAAGGUGGGUGACUCUGCUGGGUGGACGCUGCCAAUUAUCGGACAUGUCAAUUACACCGAUUGGGCUUCCAACAAGACCUUCCGCCUUGGAGAUAUUCUUCUAUUCACCUACAAGAAUCAAUUUCAUAACGUGGAACAAGUAACCCAGAAAAAUUAUGCGUCUUGCAUUGCAACAUCUCCGAUCGCUUCUUACAGCAGCGGCAACGACUCUAUCACCCUCAAAACGAUUGGCCGCAAGUAUUUCAUUUGUGGUACUCCCGGUCACUGUCAACUGGGACAGAAAUUUGGCAUCAACGUCACUGCAAUCCGUCAUGCCGCUUCAGGAACAACAGUCUGAUCUUCACUCUCUGCUCGGCUAUACUUAUAUUUUGCUUCUUCAUGUACUAGACCCCAAGAUUUCUCAGAGAUAUUACAGAUACUGUUUGAAUCUCUGCGCGAUUAUGGUUUUAAUUAACUCUUAGUUUAAUGAACAUAAUCUUUAUGUAAACAUAUAUAGGAAGCUGCUAAGUUUAAUUAAGAGUAAUUAUACUUUACCUUUAAAUCAAAUGAGAUGUUUUCUGGAUCA